CGCGCGCCUGCCGGCUCGGCUCCGCACUGCCAGCUGCGCGCGGCCCGGACGGGGCGCACCGACCCCGCGUGCGGCUGCGGCCAGACCCCCGGAGUGAAGUCGCACCCGCGCUUCUGCAGCCGCUGCUUUUCUGCGGCAGUUUCGGACUUGUCUUCGGAGAGACCUGGGAACUUUCACAGUGAGCCUGCGGAGGUGAUGGGCCACAGCCGGGGCGCCCGCGGGGAGGUGGCACGGUGAGCAUCCUCCGGCUGCGGUGCCGAGAUCCGUGCCUCGUCCUGGACGCGCCAGCCCGACUUGGAUGCGGCUCUAGUCAACCCCAGACCUGGGCGAUUUCACUUGGACAACAAGCUGUGGAGUCAUGCUGGGUGUCCCUGAAUUUGGUUUUUCCAAGCUAAGAUAAUUUUUUGGAACUGCAGAAAUUGUUGGCCCUUGCUACAAAUGGGAAUUUGGAGUUGCUUUGAAAUCCAUCCUGAAAUAAUUGUGCUUGACUGGAACCAAAUCUUAUGAAGUCACCAAGGAUGAGAGUUUGUUCUAAGUCAGUGUUGCUGUCACAUUGGGUCUUUCUGGCCUCUGUGUUAAUGGUGUGCUGUAAGCUGAUGUCCGCCUCGAGCCAGCACCUCCGGGGACACGCAGGUCACCACCAAAUCAAGCAAGGGACCUGUGAGGUGGUCGCUGUCCACAGGUGCUGUAACAAGAACCGCAUCGAAGAGCGAUCACAAACCGUCAAGUGCUCCUGCUUCCCAGGGCAGGUUGCUGGCACAACGCGGGCUCAGCCUUCUUGCGUUGAAGCUUCCAUCGUGAUUCAGAAAUGGUGGUGUCACAUGAAUCCUUGCUUGGAAGGAGAGGAUUGCAAAGUGCUGCCAGAUUACUCAGGUUGGUCCUGUAGCAGUGGCAAUAAAGUCAAAACUACAAAGGUAACACGGUAGUGAAGAGAGGUAUGCUUAAUCCUGGAGGAGCGACAGGAUGCAGAGGUCUCUUAAUUGGAUUACUGUCCUGGCUGGUUUGGGGGAAAUUGUCUCGGAUUUCAGCAACAUCACAUUCGCAUGUGUGUGCUAUAAGGAGUGUCAUUUACUUAACUGUUUCAGCCCUCUCCGUUUCAUGAUUUUAUUACAUUGAAUUAUAGCCAUGGGCUGCCACACAAUUCACAUCCUCUCUGGAUCCCGAGGAACAUACCUCCAAGAAACCCUGGAGGAACAAAGCAGAGACUUCAAAAUGGAUCUCCACUGGGCCUUCCAUGUCUUUCUGCCUUCACAAAGGAACACGGAUGGGUUCACAGGGUCCUUAUUCUGUUCCUCUUUUGAACGUUUCCUUUAGCCCUUGCAUUAAAGUGGUUUGAAAGGGAUCUCAGUACCAAAACAUUUUGGCAAAACAUAUUUGCAGAUAUAGAUUAAUGAACUCUGAUUAACUGGUGAAGAAAAUUCAUUUUAUAAAUCUCGAUGAAUAGACUUAUCGGGGUUAUUGUGUGUGUAUUUGUAUUUUUGCUUUAGAAGGAUUUAAAUUUUUGCAUUUUAAGUUCUAUUGUCAGGUUAGCAGAAAUAAAAUAACAUUUUAACUUCUGUGCACCAUUUUACUGAGUGCUAAGGAAGCAUAUCUCAACUCUAAUAUUUUAUAACUGAAGCUUGAUCAUGACAUAUUCACAAAAGAAAUAAAACCUGUUGAGAUUUUUAUGGCUUACGUGUAGUCAUAAAGGUAAAUCACUUAAAAUAUAAAACAGUCUGUUAGAUCAAGGGUGAUUUCUAAGACCCAGUUUGUGUCAAAUGUAUUAAAAUAUUUUGUUUGAAAUGUUGAAUUUUUAGGCUGUAAAUGAUUUAUUCUUAGCUGUUCUCUCAUUUGUUAGUUGUUUUAUUUCUUUAAAUGUAAGUAAAAUCUGAGCCAUUUUUUUCUUGGUUUAAUGAUUUUGCAGCAGACGUGUGUCCACAUAUUCUCAAAUGCUGUUAUGCAGAAAUAUAUUACAGAUGAAAAGUGACUGACCCAGAUUUUAAAUAUAAUGUCAUUAAAACACAUACUACUGUAAUAUAGGAUUUUAUAUAUUAAGAAAUGCCAAAAACAUCCUUUCUGCACUGUUAAUUAUCCCUGUCCUUUCACAAUUGGGGGGGGGAGAGAAUAUUACUAUAACAUUUAUAGCAGUAACAAUUACAUCUACUUGAUUUUAGUCUUGCAAAAGGAAUGGAAAUAGGGGACAUCGAUUUGUUGGCUAACUUUGUUUGAAUUUGACGGGAUGCUUACUAGAAUUAUUAUUGUCCUAUUAGUAAGUAAAAAAUUCAUUCUGCUGAUGGCACAUAAGUUUUUGUGAUUAUUUUAUUGCCUUAAGACUUCAUGUUAAUACCCUAGGCUUGCAAAUUUUAAAUGCAAAUGUGAAAAAUAAAAAUUAUACUUAAUUUUGGGCAUGUGAACUG